AUGGAAGAAGAGAGUAUACUUCAUCUAUUGUUUGCUUGUCAAUUCUCUAGAUCUAUUUUCCAAGCUAGUCCUAUACAAAUAUCGAUUCCAGAUUGUCUAGAGCCAAGUAAGAUCAUUCAAAACUGGUUAGAAAAACAAGAUAAGGGAGUUACUUUAAAUCUGGGUGCCUGCAUUUUGUGGAACGUAUGGAAGACAAGAAAUGAUGUUGUCUUUAACGACACCAAUCCUUUAGUUCAUAAGUGCAUCUUCAAUGCUCUCCAGGACUUCAAGUUCUUUGAUGAGAAAAAUGAUGUUAACUACACCGCUGCUAAUCAGAUUUCUCAAAACAAAUCAAACUGUGUUUGUGAAAUUCCCUCUUCUCCGUUCGUUAAAAUCAACGUAGAUGCAACUCUUGAUGGAGGCAGAUGUGCAGCAGGAGUAGUGGCUCGAGAUUCUUUUGGUAUUUAUUUGGGCAGUGGUACUAUAUGUUUUGAUGCCUCUUCUCAGGCAGUAACAGAAGCAAAGGCAUAUAAGUUAGGUCUACAGCUUGCUCAGAGACUACAACUUUCAAAGAUCAUUGUGAGAGGGGAUGCCACGGCUAUCCCAAUGGCCAUUACAGGAAAUAUUCAAGGCAUUCCUUGGUGUAUGCUCUCUAUUAUCUUGUAUACUAAAGAUCGCAUAAAGGACUUCAGUGAGGCUACUAGAUUCAUUGUUGUCCCGAAAUGCGCAAAUUCAAUAUCUCAUGACUUAUAUCUAUUUGCAAUAUCCAAUUAUGUAAACAGAUGA